UGCACGAGGUUCAGUUGAAAUAAUUCAUGAGUUAUAACAAUUAGAUUCUUUUGAGGCAAAUAUUCUUUUCGUGUUUGAGGUUAAGUGAUCAUAUAUGUAGUUUCUCAGGACAAAAUGUUUGGGAAUAUUCACAUGGUCUUUACUUUGCUGUCUUUAAAUUGGGGAUUGGUAGCCAUCGUUUAUGGUGGAUUAGUGGAAUUACCAGGUUUGUAUUUUGAAGAGUUUGUCAACGUUUUUUACGUAUACCUUAUUUGUCCAAGUUCCCUUUCAGUCAUUGGGGAAAAAAUAAUAUAAUAUCUCCAUAAAAUAUGAUGCGAAGUCGAAAUGUUUAAUGACUGUUUUUAAAUUUGGUCUGUUUUUAUGUGUGUCGAUCAAGCAUGUUCUUAAGAAUGCAGUGGUCCUGUUGAGCUGGUAAUCAUCAUUAAAAAUCCAUUGCUCUGUUACGAAUGCCGAAAAUGCGCUGUAAAUUAAAUAUACAGUCCAAUAUCAAAAAUCCCCUCUAUAAUGUUGCUGAAAUAAUGUAUAUAAUAAUUAUGAGGGUGCUGGCAUCAUUGCAUGGAAUUGGUAAGUCCUUUCCACUUUUACAAUACCAAACCGUUUGAGCCUCUAUUAGGAAUAUUUAGAAUUUCAAGUUUUUUUGUUUAAUUAAGAACCUGAUCAAAAUCAGAAAUGUCUGACGGACAAGAUCGCUCCAGCCAUCAAAAGCGUGUAAAAUAUACGGCAAACCGGCAACCACAAAACACAUUUAUGCGUAUCCCUGCGGUUCGCGGUUGCAGUUUAACAUUAUUUAAGUGUUGCAUGCACAGACAUGGUAUUUUAACAGCAGAUGUAUCCAAAUAUAUUUGAAAACAACUAAAAUCUUUAAAUUCAAAAUUAUUUGCAUACAUGAAGUUAUACCUGGCAUUGCUUUUAUAUACGUAAAACUAUUUUAAAAGUUACAAAGCACCGACAACGAAACCGGAAAUAUGCGUUAAAAAGGAAAAUUGCUGACGACAAGGUGCGGUUUUCGGUUGGCAUUUCAACGUCAAAGGAGAAUCUAAAGGUCCGACUAUUGUCCAAAUCACGGCUUGAAAUUGCUGCUACAAUGGUAACCUACCAUGAACUACUAGCUUAUCUUCACUGAACAUGUGUAGAUUAUAUCAUAGUGACGCAAGGCAAUUAAGCUACAAUUGAAAGAUACGAUAUAACUUUGCAUGUAAAACAGAACGUUUUAAACAUAGUCCAAUUGCAUAUGCAAUUGGCAAAUAUAAUCUUUAUAUUGAUAAGUAAGCAUGAGGGUUUAUAUAUUAUAGGACUAAUUUAUUUUCAAAAUAAAUUGGGAUUAAUAUGGCGCAACAUCCCCACUUACAAAACCUGUUAAAAUCCCAAAAGAUAAGCUAAGAAAACAGAUGUCCGGCUAAACUUAUUAAACUUAUCUUCUUCUGGCAAUCCUUGCCCAGUCUACGACACUAAUGGCAUUUACUGCUAAGCCUACAUUCCUUGGUUAUCAGCAAAACCAGUCAAAAACCGGCUCAAGUACAAAACUGCCUUCGAGUAUUCUGUACAAAACUGCCUUCGAGUAUAGACAUAAUAUAAUUCUAUCUGUAAAUAUGACAAUAGUUUUAAGACUUUUUCCAUUGAACUAGCUUUAGUAAAGUAGAGACCAUAGUAUUAAUACUUUUUACAUUACAUUUUAUCAUUGUAAAAGUUCUAUCACUGUAAACAUCACUGUAUUUUAGCUUAUCAAGCUAUUUAGUGAAUGUAAUAAACCAUUAUUAUUUGUUGGUAAAAGUUUGAAUUGAAAAACAAUAUUAAGUGACUCAGAAUAAUUAAUUUAAAUUAAACUUUUCAAGUUUUAAAUUAAACUUUUUAAGUUUCAUAAAAGUUUGUUCGAAUGAGCCUUUAUAGUUUAUACUAGUACUGAGUCGAAACUAUAAGCUAAAGUCAUUUCGGAAGCAUAUCAGAGCCGUGAUAAGAGCUUUAUUAAACAAAUAAUCCCGGUAAGCCAAGCGAGCACAGGUCCAUAUUAACAGCCGCUUACAUUAUUACAAAUAAAUCAAAAGAAAAAGCAAAAAGCGCGCGAAUAUUCUUGACUGAACUCACGACUCCGUGCAAUGAUCAUGAAUGUCCAGGAAGAUGACAAUUUGCUUUUCAUUUCCUAUAGCAUGGUGUUACAGGUAUACUUUAUUUCAUACACUGUAUUUUUUUGUAAUAUACAAGCGAUAAUACAGAAGUCUUUAAAUUAAAAAGAGUUUUCCCUGUUUGGUCAAUUGCCUUAAAGAUAUCUUUGUCAUAGCAUGACAAUACAUCAUCUAGGUAAGUGUCUAUAAAUUAAUGACAGGAAAUUCAACAGACAAAUUCAGCACAAAGGCACUUGAAGUUACCAUGAACAACAGUAAAACAGAACCGAGUAAAGAAAUGCGUAAUUUAAAACAUAAAACGAACUGACCUCGAAACUGUGACUUGAUAGGGCAAACUUUUGAAUUCAGGGAAUUCAUUUUCAAACCAGAAUAUUAGUUAAUAAUGAUGAGAUUUUUAAAUCGUUACGUGUUUAGUUUAUUAGUUAUACUAUCAAGUUAUAUUUAGUUUAUUAGUUAUACUAUCAGUUUCGUAAUCCAAGUUAUUAAAACGCUUUUAAAAUUUUACUUUCAGAUCAUGAAUACAAUGACACACAUGACGAAGCCGUUGUCGCCAUAUCAGCGAGAGCAAAAUUCAAUGGAACCAACUCAAAAUCAAACAGUGUCCCAAUGAAAUCACGUGUUACAUUAUACUGCAGGGUAUGGUUAGAUAAAAGCCAAGAGCAUUUAUUUAAUCUAAUGUUGGUUAGCUUUACAUUACCUAAUGGAGAACAUGUUGUUCCUGGAAGCUGUACUGUUGAUAUCAAACAUACUAAGUCUUGUAAGCGAUGCAAAAUAGUGAUGAAGAAUGUUGCAUUGUCAGAUCAAGGAAAGUAUCGCUGUCAUGCCCAGUAUUUGACUGGGACUAACAUGAUGGAGAAAUAUGAAGAAAUCUUUCUUUGUAAGUACUUCAUUAAACAAUUUACUCUUACAGUUUACUAUAGCCGGGAUAUCAGCUGUAGUGGGACUUUGUGAACUGCGCUUGUUUUUUUAAAGUAAUGAUAAUAAUAAUAAAAUCUUGCAUAAUUGUGUCAGCUGACAAUACGAUGACUGUUGGUAUUAAUACAAGUACAGUUAGAUAUAAUGUGUUAUAACCUAAUAUGACUAAUAUAGCUAUAACUAAAUUAUGUACCGGUAUAUAUAAAAUAUGUACUAUUUUACAUUAAAGCAAUGAUUAACGCCAUCUAAGUUUAACAGGUAUACCUAAAAAUAGCGGACUUAAAAGUGUUCAGGGAAUUAAUUUCCCUGAGUUCUUUUGGAAGGCUGUUCCAAUCCCUAGCUGCAGAAUUUUGCCUUAGGUAGGUGGAGUAGCUUCUCAGAUUCAAGUUCCUAAUCACCCAUUUUAUACAUUUCUGAUAGGAUACAUGACUAUUUAAAUGUUGAAGUAGUAAUUUGCAUUUUCAAGCUGUUUAAUUAAGCAUCUGAAUACUGAAAAAUAGAUAUCAUAUUUUAUUUCGAAGAUCAGGAAUUUCCGUAACGAUUUCUACACCAGACAACAACAACUCGACCUCCGUUAAGAUGGUCAACUCGCCAACCUCAAUCCGGCCCUCUCGCCUCACGACAUCUCUCUGACUAAACCAAUAUGGAAGCUUUCGAACGACAAGAGUGUCAGGCUGCGAUACUUCGUGAAAAGAAACAGCAUGUUAUUGCUGUAUUGUUGCGAUCAUCAUUAUGACUUGUGUUUUACUAUACCAAGUUUACCUUUUUUAAAUAUUUGCAUGGGACAUGUUGUCAUUUUAGCUUGAUAAAUAAUGCGUCUGAGCGAAGAAUUUUGUUUAUAUUCCCAGUAGCGAGGCUCUUCUUUCUAACUUGGAUGACGUUAAAUCUCCGUGUAUCAUCAACGUGAAAACAAGCGCAAUAUUUAAGGUUGGUAUACUACAAUGCAUUACAGUUACCUUGUUAUUUAGUCAAAUUAUUAUCCGCUUUGUUGUUUUUAACCUUGUACUGUAAUUUUAUAAAUACACUGUACAAAAUUAAUAUGGCGUAAUAUUUGUGUUUAUAAAUGGCUCUAGUUUGACUCUAUUGUGUGUGUCCUGUGUCACUGUGAUACAUAUGUACAUGCUUUGAGUUAAACAAAUUGUUUAAUAAAUUUUUGCUGAAGUAUGAUGCCUGUUUGUAUCUAGUUGUAGAUAGAUUUUUACAUAUAUGUGCAUACAAUAGUGAUAUUUUUCAAUUUUCAUCUGUAAAAUAUUGCCAUAUUUGUGUGUUGUUCUAUAAAUAUUACUGUAAAAAGUGACACACUUUUGCAUUAGAUUUCUAAUUUUAGAGAUUACAGUUUAUGUACAAAAUAAUAAAAUAAAAAUUUUCUGGUUAUGAUUUUGUAGAAAGAGAUCUACUUGAGUGGUUGGCUGGUCUUGAACCUGGUCUUGAACCUGGUCAGCAUGGAUAUGGUAAUGAAGGUGAUAGGGCAGAAAGUGGUGACCAGUUAAGUGAUGUGGAUGAAAGUGACGAGGACGAAAUCACCCAUGCUGUACCAUUCAAGUGCAUCGGUGCUGCUCAUGAGAAAAAUUACCAACAUCAACAGCAUACCUUGCUCUUCAUGGACAAGAUAAACCAGUGAAUGUAAGAAUACGGCCAGAGCCAUUGAAUCCAGUGGACCCAAGUGCAAUUGCAAUUGAUGUAGACUAUGGAACUGGAUGGACACACAUUGGUUAUCUUGCUUCUCAACUAUGCGAGUAUUUGCACAGACUAGUUGCCACAGGAGAUAUCUUAGAGGUCUAUGUUCAGCUUAUCAAGUAUAGGGUUGACUUUUUUAAAAUAGGAUUUUAUCAAUAAAUUUUCAUAAAGCAAUGUGGUGAGUGGGAGACUCAAGUGGUAAGGGAGAGCACGAGUGUAUGUUGAAAGAUGUUUGUGAUAUAAUUGUAACUUUAGGUUUAGCAAGUUGUAGAAAUGAUCUUAUUUCAAUUAGGUAACUUUUUAGAUUUUCAUAAACAAAAACUAGGUUAUGGGUGUGCACAAUUAAAAUAAAAGUCUGUCAUGCACACUCAUGCAAUUAAGACAAGUACAUAAUUGUAACAUGUGCUGUACUAAAUGAAGAAAUAAAUAGUUUGUACAUUCACUUGACCAACUUUGUGAGUAAUUUUUAUUUUUCAUUAAAAUUAAUGCAACAAUAAAACAAAAAUAUGUCUAUUUAUUUACAUAUUGAUCAAAGGUCCCACAAUAACAUGCUGCUGAUACUUUGUGGUACAUUACAUGAGAAUACAAAAAAAACCUGCAUAUAAUUGCACCUAUCAAUGUCAAGCCCCAGAGGGGGGUGGGCAUAUGUGGGGUAUUUGAUCAUCAUUGCAUCCCCACUCUGGGGAUUUUGAUUAGCAUUUUGGGCCUGAGUUAGGGCAAUUUGAACCAAAAUGACUUUUAUUAAUAUAGUAUUUAUUGCAAUUUAUUGCAGAAUGAUGGGGUGUUUGACCAAUAUUUAUUACCUAACUGUGGGGCAUUUGAUUGAAAAUUUGCUCAAAAAAUAUGUGGGCAUAUGGCCGACCCCACCCCCCUCUCUGGGGCUUAACAUUGAAAAAACCACCAUUUCUCAAACUUUAUCUGAAUUAGUUGUGUAACAUCAUUACAAAAUACUGUUAAAAAAAGGCCAAGUGGGCCUUCACUCCCAUAAAGGGCAUUCUAUCCAAUGGCAUCAGACCAACAUCUCCAUGGCGUUGUUCUCCAAAGCAUCGAGCAGUGUGAUAAAUCAGAUUGUCUUUUUGACCAGCAUGAAGUACAGACAUAGCCUUGCCAACAAUUAAGUGGGAGAAAAUUUUGAGGGCCAAAUUUAGCAUCUAAACCAGGGUUAACUUUUACCAGCCAUUUUUGAAACAGGUGGAUGAGUAGUUAUUCUGGUUGUCGCUGGGUUAGUUUUGAAAAUCCAGAAGUCAUACCAAUAACAUAACCAGAAAGGUGAGUGAAGGUUUAGGUCACUCGAUGGAGAGACAAUCAUAGCAUCGGAGAUCUUGCAGAUGUAGAAGGUCUGUACAGAUUGGAAGGACCGAUUUUACCUCCAAUUGCAAAUUUGAUGGUGAUGCUUAAUUCUUGCAGACAAAAUCAUUGACAAAAAUAGAAUCCAGCCAAAAUCACGAAUCUCAAAUCUAUUGUUACGGAAGGGCUUUAAUUAUUUGCACACUUUAAUUGCAAUAUAUACAAUCCAUAAUAUAUCGAAACUUCUAUAAUAUAUCACACUUCUUUAAAAAAAAGCGAGUAAUAGCAGUUCAUUAUCGAUCUGAGUGACAAGGCAACAUAUUUUACAGAGGGCUAUUUUCAACGGUGAAUAUCUCGAAAUUAUACUUUUGUUUAACUAAUCGUGAAAAAAAUAGCGAAAUCGAACAGAGGAAAUUUGAGAUUUUUGUCUUCAAAGAUUGUUGACAGAAACGCCACUAAAUUGCAUCGCGACGGCAUAGCGCGAGCGCAAGUCAUUUUUUCGGGCGAAAUAUUGCUGUUUUCGGGCCAAAAUAUUUGUGUUUUGGGGGCAAUGAACCGAAAUUUGGUAUGGAAAAUUGCGGAAAAGUCCAACGAAAGCAAUUAUAACGCACCUAAAAAGAAUUUAUUGUCCGAAAAAUUUUUUUCCGGAAAAUUUUUUUGCAAAGGGGCCCCUAAAAAAUUUUUUGCCCCGGGCCCCCGCCAAGCUCUCGGCGGCCCUGGUUGUAAAAUGCGGAUAAUAUAGCCUUGCGAAGUUUGCCUUUUUUCUGUCAUUUUGCAUUACAAACUAGAAAUUGAUAAUCUUGAUUAUCAAUUUCCCAUUUGUAAUACGGAAAACUUCGCAAAGCUAUAUUAUCCGCAUUUUACAACAUUUCGCAACGAAACUUCGGAAUAUUACUAAUUUUGUGAUGCUCUUUCAAGCUGUGAUGAAAUUUUUGUUUAGGCUAGUUAAGGUCAAAAUUUCACUCAUAAGGGGAAAGGUCUAUUGAUUAAUUUUAAGCCGCUACAUUAUCCAUGACAAACCGCAAAGAAUCAUAUUACCUAUACUCUUUCCUGCCAUAUAUAGUUAAUUAAAUACGCCUUCGCCCAUUUAGUUCUACUAAAUUGUAAGCAAAUAGUAAAUUUCGACAUACUAAAACUCUAUUAACAACUCGAACCGACUUGACCACGUAGCUCAGUUGGCAGAGUAUCUCAGUUGGACUAGUAUCCCAAAGGUCGCGGGUUCGACUCCCACCGUGGCCAAGCAAACUUUUCAGCUUGCCCGCUGUGGAUGCAUACUCAGAGUAACGUCACAAAUAUCAUACUAAAACUCCGUUUUCUGACCAUCAGAAUUCUGUCAGAACUCCCCCCCCCCCCCAAAGUCCAGGAAAUGGCUUUUCAGAGAAUCUAAAUUAAAAAAUUUCCUCGGGCCUUCGGCCCUCGUUCCCAGCCACCAAUAAAAAGAGCUUCCUACAGCACUGCAUGAUUCUGUAAUAUGUCUUUGCGUAAACUAUGUGUAUCUUUGUUUGUAAAUUGCAUCUUCAUUUUCCGGAUAGCAAACACCUUCGUGACUUCGUAUGCCAUGAAAUAUUUGGAAAUUUUCUUCAUCAUUCGGAAAUUUUUGGCUUACACCUCCCCAACUAUACAUGCUAGCUACGCCCCUGCCAUAAUGAGAAGGGCAUAUUAUUUUUAUAAUUAAUCAACUUGGAUAAAACCCUGAUACUACUUUCUAAAGGAUCGAUUCGCUCUCCCAAAGAACAAUUUUCUGCAUUUCAUUUCAGGCCAUAGGUCGUUCUUUUCUACCAAUUAAUGCAUUUAUUUCUCAAAUUCAUUAAUAAUAUAUGAGCAAUUCAGCCAAUGAUAAUCACCCAUUUGAUCACAAGAUGCCAUUUGGAUAACCCGAUGAAACAUGAUGAAAUCAUCAUGAAAGUCACUAGUAUUUUCAUAAAAUAUCUUAAUUACGCAUGCAAAUAUUAAUUACUUGAAUAGAAUUCCUAAUUACUUUAUGCUUGGUUAAGAGCAAACGAAAACAUUCUGUUACGUCUCGAUUCAUUUGAGACGUAACAGAAUGAUAUCCCGGUGAAACACUCGCUCUCGCUGUUCAUAUAUUACAUCUUUAUGCAGCUGUUCAAUUCCACCUCCCUGCCUAUUUCGGACUAUUUCAGGGAUGACAUUCACUUUGUAUCUACGCUUUCGUUUUAUAACUUCAUACACCAUUUGUUUUUCAGAAUCAUUUCAAGUCGCUUGUCCUAGAUUUGACUCGCCAUAUCAGUGAUGUAUAUUGUAAAAAUCGCCUUUCUCUUGUGGUUUCAGUUGUCAAAUCUGAUCUUAUCGCAGACGUCUGUCUUAAUCUAAUGUUCAAAAUCCCAAUAUAUAACAUUUAUUUUUUAUCAGUGAAAAUGAAGCAAUCUGAUUGGCUGAGAGCCUUUCAGAGCGGGCCGGUUUUUUGCAUCCGGACCGCUCUGAAACGCAACUGCCCGCUGUGAAAUGCAACUGCCCGCUCUGGCUUUCGCGACAAAAACUGAGGAGUGAAACAAUUUUUUAAAAGAAAAAAUCUGCCAAAAACUUUUGAAAAACAUAGCCUAACGAUAGUCAGAAUACAAAAAUGAAUUGCAUCAAGCCCUAAAGACUUCAUACUAAGCACGAUGUUCACCAGAAUUGACAAUAUUUUGAUAGAAAUGCGACUGAAAGUCGGAAAAUUAUUCGACAUGUAUAAAAGUUACGUCGAGAAAAUUACAGCUUAGACAGUUACUGUAAAAUAAAUGUUUUCCCAUUUAAAAAAAGUUUUAUUUGCAGCAGUGAAAACAAGUCACGAAUAUAUUCUCUACCCAUUUGUGUCAUACAUUCUUCACUGAUAUAAAUAUUGUAAACAAAGUAAAAGUUUGUGUUUAAAUUAAAAACAAUUUUUUCAAGCAUAUUAUCGUGAAACGACAAGAAAAAAUACAAAAAUAUAAAAACAACAUACCCUUUUCAUUGACCUUUUAGUAGAAAAACGUUGAUUAAAUGAAAAUAGAUUCAUUUUUAUAUGUUUUUGAUCUGAUCUGAACAUGAACUUGUUGUCAGGAACAACUGAUUUUGUCAAAGCCAAAGCCAAAACGCCAGGCAUAAAAGUUUUUAUUCCAAAGCUUCUCUUCUAUACCAUAUUCAUGAAAAAAGCAUGUACAUUUUUACUGAAACUAUACGUCUUUUUGUGUGUUUCUUGCCAGUUUUCUCGAGUUUUCGUAUCGUGUUUUAUAUCAUUCAACUUUUCAAAUUUAAAUUUUUGUCAGCCUCGCUUUGAAAAUACACAACUGCACUGAUCUCAAAUUAGUUCGCAAGCAACACUGGAAUUUUAAUCAAUUUAAUUUUUACAUCUGAUAAAAAAUAAACACGUUAUUUACCGGCAGCGUCGGUCCGGAUGAGAAAAACUGUGCCCUCGGUCUUGAAAACGUCCCUCGCCCUUCGGGCUCGGGCGCAAUUUUCUUAAGAAAUUGCAAUUCUUGGGCUAGUUUCGUGGGUGAACAGAUUUUGUUAAUGGGACUAAGAAGAGAGCGAAUCCAUGCAAUGCGAUGUUUCCAUGGUACGAAACUGUCAAAGUGAGUAUAUUGACCUGUAAAAGUAUGUUUUCGGUAUAUGGAAAACUUGUUGCCAUCUAGGUUAAGAUCUAGAAAGUGUGGUGGUUCGUCUGAAAAUACGUCAUAGGUGAAAUGUAUAUUACGGUCAAAAGAGUGGAAUUCGUUCAGAAGGAAAUCAAUGUCGUCAUGUUUGAUCAUAGGCUGCCCAAAAGUGCGUGUUGAAAUUUUUACCCUCGCGCGUGGCGCUCGGGCAUUCAUCAAGUCUACUCAGUUUAUUAUUAUGACAAGGCUGGCAAGAGUUUUAACGGAAAUUUAUUACAACGUUUACUAGAGUAUGAAUAUUUCGCAAAUUACAAACAAAAGCAAUAUAAAAUCUACAUCAUUUCAAACACUGAUAAUUUUACUACAUUCUCUCAAAGUUUUAACUUCAAAAGUUCAUUCUAAGGUUGUUAAAAAAGCGAAUUAUUUUCGGUUUUUUUGCAAAAUUUUGUCAAAACUAUGCUGGGGUCACGUACCCUGUGGUGAUGUCAUAUUUUUUAAAUCUUGAAGAAGCGUUGGUUUGCUGUUGUACUGGAAUCGUGUACAACAGCAAAUCAACGCUUCUUCAAGACCUCGGGGACAGUUUUUCUCAUCCGGACCUCGCAGCCGGUAAAUAGCAUAUAUAUAUUGUCCAUUCCAUCACCUUCCCUCUUUUUUUGUACCACGUUGUAUAUAGGGAAAACGUCAAUUUGUUCCCUCAUUUUACCACGUCAAUAUUAUCAGUGCAUUGUUGUAACCUAGCAAGGAUACAUUCAAUGCUUGCAUGCUAAUUUAUAGCAUCCACCUUGUAUCAGUUGCCUUUGUAGAUUGAAGAUCGCUGCUGUCUUCCUUGGUUAAGCAUUGCAUUCAACUAUCCGUGGUUUCGUUGUCAAUAUUCAAAAGGCCGGGCUUUCGUCUGUUUAUUUGUAUACUUUCUUUUAAUAUCCUUUUCAGGUUUCUCCAUACCUCUUUCCAAUUUCCAUUUCGUGUACUAUUCUAUUAACUUUGGAUGGCUUGCUUUGCUUUCUUUUAUUCCCUCAAGUUGAACUUUUCCCUUAUUUUCAGAUAAUCCUUAUAAAUUGAAAUUCUGAUUUUGUUCUUUGUGCAAAAAUACAUGUAUGUUUUGCACAAUAAAACUCAACUUUCAAGUUAAAUACAAAAACGUUGUGCCUCUUUAGUUUUUAACAUUUUUGUUUGCCGGAUCAUUCUUUUUGAAAACCGAUAUUUACUAGUCUGCUAGUAAAUAUUAUUGCGUCAGACUUACUGACAACUGACCAAUCAGAAGGCGUGAAGGCUCAUUUAGUAUGCAAACUUUAUACUAAUUAUUAUUAUUAUUAAGCACCUAUUAUUACCCAUAGGAACCUACAUUCAGUUUAAUUGAUUUUUAAUUUUGUUGCAGAUGUGAAGAAGGAUUGGUGCCCAUCAUUCAAAGUAUUUUGCAAUUUUAGCAAAACGUGCGUCGCCUCAUUUCAAGAAUGUAAAGAAAAAUUUCCUCCUCUAGAACAACACAUUCACCAGCUUACUGUUAAAUCUUAUAAUGGUGAGUGUGUGGAGAUGCUACUACUUGCAAGAAAAUGUUAACUGCAAACAUUUGUUCACGUUUCAAAAGUACGUACACAUAUACGUUUGUAGGCAAGGCCGGCGAGAGGGAGGGGAGGGGGGCGUGGGGCGCAAAAUACACGAGGCCGGAGUGCGCAUAGGGGCCCGGAAAUCUCUGGAAAAUGUUCGUAUCGUUUAUCAUCGCUAUAUGUUUGUCCUAAAUGAAAUUCGCCUACUUGCACACUAUCCACUGAUCGUCGUGAUUGAUGGUAAAACGCAGCACAUGUAAAAUAAACGAUUUUUCAAUCGUUUUCUCAGCAAAAACAGUUAGCUGAACAUCGUUCACAUUGUAUUUUUAUCAGUUAUGCGGCGAUUUCUUGCAAGUAAUUCGUUGGCAAUUCUCUCGUUGAUUGCGAUUAAAAAUAGCCAGCGGGAGAGUCGAGAGAGACAGUGGGCCCGUGUUUACCAAUCGUCAUUUUGUCCCGGGGCCUGGGUUGGCUCUCGCCGGCCUUGUUUGUAGGACCAGCCGAUUAUCUUUAUAAAUGUGAAAAGGGAGGUAUAAUUAGAUCAAAUAAAGCAUAUUUAACUACAAAUCUAGGUGGGUAUAAAUCUUUCCCUUUCAGUGUAAAAUCAUGUGUAGGUUAGAAAUGUAAACUAUUAAACAAACGUUGAAAAUGAUUUGCAGUUGACGGUUUGCUUACAAAUGGUAGUAUAGUAAUUAUGAGUGUAUGCUUGUGUAAAUAUUUUUCAUUCCCAUUUCCCUUGGAUUUAAAAUAGGAAACAAAUUAAUUUAACGGUUGCUGACGAAUUAUUUACUAGAUCGUGUUGCACCUAAUCCUUUAUUGUUUCUUCUCGACCAAUUGUCAUCCUUUAAGUUAAUAUAGCCUGUAUCUGUUUUGGGCUUUACCCAUUGCUUUCUGUUCCAUAAUCGGCGGGUGUGUUUUUGUCCUUGUCAGUUUAAUUUGAAUAAACAUUACCGAGAUGUCGAGUUCCCAUUUACGCGAGCAAACAAUUUUGCCAAUUUUUUUGUCACUUUAGAAGUCAGAAAUGUUACGCCAACGCAGUUAUAUAUCUCCAAGAAAAAGCCCAUGGUGUUGUCAGCAGUACUUCCUUUGUCAAUCACAGUCAUCAUGUUUAUCAUACUUCUGAUAUUGGGCGCAGUUAUUCUGUGGGUAAGACGAAAACGACAAGGCAUCUCCAAUGAAAAGAAGAUACACCAUUCAAAACCUAAUUUGAUUUGAUAGAAGACCAUCUCAAUUAGAGAGCAUUCUCGUCAAAAGAAAUCAAUGUACCUAAGUAAAUAGGAUGUAGCUUGGAAUUAUAAAUCCUCUAUUGCCAGAAGUUAGGUGCAAAAUGGACUCAGCUUGUGUAGUAAUUUGCAUAUAAUCCGUCAUUUAUCAAUAAAUCAUCGAUUUUCAAGUGUUUUGGGGCAUAUUUAUUCAGAACGGAUUUAUCUUCGCAAGC